UUGGCUCAGAGUCGCCGCUCGCUGCCUCAGCCUUGCUGUGGCCCAGGCGGCACCAUGAGCGGAGAUGAGGACUACGACAGGCCCCAUCCUGAGGAUGGUGGCUACGACGUGGCCUGGCCUAGCGGUCCAGAUGAGCAUGAGGAGUUCUCUGCCACGGUAGCGGAGACUGUCAAUGAUAAAGGGUACUGUGUCAUCGAAAUGCCCAUGGGUGAUGAGGCUGCCAAAGAGGUGGAAGCGAGCAUGCAGCAGAUGGAAUGGGGCGUCUUUCCGAGUGAGACUGAGGAGGAGUACCUGGGGGUGGAUGUGGUGGACAGCAAAGUGUCCUGGCUCCAGUACGUUGGUAGCGCCAGAGCUGGACUACGAAUGUUCGACAUCGAAGAGAUGGGCCCCAGCAUGCAGAUGGAUCACCUGGCGCCGCUGGAGAUGUGCGAUCAAUCUUUGACGAACAUCGCCGCAUUGAUGUGGCCUUACACGCCCGAGUACGAGGACGACAAGGCUUUUGCCGUGUUCCAGCGUACAAGUGGCCUAGUGAGAGCAUCAAUGAAUGGUGACGAAGGUGUGAGAAGUCGCACUUUUGGCCAGGAUGAGCAGCACCAGCUUGACUCCCACAUAGCUUUUGUCGAUGGAAAGCGGUUGUGUAUGAUUUUCUUAGUGGACAACGAAGGCGGCGAGCUGGAGCUCUUCCCCAACCCCACUGGCUAUGACUACAAUGAGGUGACCCUUCCUUUGUCGAAGGGCAAGCUGGUGGUAUUUCGUUGUGAUGCCCUGGGCUUGAGCUACAGCUACCGACCCAAAGGCAAGAACUUGGCCAUUCUUUCGUGGGUGCUGGACAUCCCGUCCACCUGGAAAGAGAAGGAGGAGGCGCUUCGAAUCAUUGACGGCCCGGACGAGCCGCAAGGAAGGAGGAACAACGUCAUGGGAGUGCACACGAGAUAUCCCGGUCUCGGCUUUCAAGUGCAGGCCUUCUGGAACAUGCUGGUGGCUGGCAGCGACACACAGGUCAAGGUGCCAUUGCAGCGCUGGGAUACGGAGAUCUACUACAGGACGGCAGAGCACACCAUUGGCUUCUCAAUGACCUGCCAUGGCGCAACGCUGCAGCAGUCUGAAAUCGAGCUCUUCGACAAUCAAUUCUUUGGCAUCGACGGAAAGCAGGCUCAGGAGAUGGCUCCGUACAUGCGAAUUCUGCUCGAGGUGGGCUACGAGGCGCUGCACAAUGCAGGGCAUCAGAAGAACGAGCUGAAGGGCUUCAAAUGUGGCGUCUUCGUGGGAGAUUCCGGCAGCGAUUGGGAUGGCGUCCACUGGACUCCCACCGAGAUGCGUCCCAUGAUCUUUGCCGGAAGGGAGCGCUGUGCAGCCGCCAACCGUUUGUCGCACAUCUUUGGCCUCACCGGCCCAACCUCGACAGCAGAGACUGCCUGCUCUUCCUCGCUGGUGGCCUGCGGUGUUGCUCAGAUGACCAUGAGGUCAAAGCUAGAAGAUCAGAUAACUCCUAACGUCACCACUGACCUGAAGCACAGCCUUGUGAUGGGCAGCAACACUCUCAUCGGGCCCGGCGGCUACAUUUCCCUGAGUGGACCAGGCAUGCUGACCCACCAAGGAAGGUGCUUUACUUUUGACCACUCGGCCGAUGGAUUCGCUCGAGGGGAAGGUAUCGGAGCAGUCAAGCUGAAGGUCUGCGAGGACUCCUUUGAAGCUGCAGGCCGAGUUGCAAUGCUCAUCGGCUGCAGCGUCAACCAGGAUGGACGCAGUGCCUCCAUGACAGCACCGCACGGCCCUUCGCAGCAAGAGGUGAUCCGGCAGUCCAUGCGAGAGGCUGGCGUCUCGCCAAACCUCAUCACCAUCGCCGAGUGCCACGGCACAGGAACAGCUUUGGGUGACCCCAUCGAGAUUGGAGCCUUGCGCGGAGUCCUUCGGGCUGAUCGCAGCACUCCAAUCCUGAAGACCAGCUCCAAGACGAAUCUGGGGCACCUGGAAGCGGGCGCUGGUUUGGCAGGCCUCAUCAAGUGCAUUUGCAUGCUGAACUACUCAACUGGAGCUCCCAACAUUCACCUUCUCGUGCUGAAUCCUCACUUGGACGUGGCAGGCUAUCCAGUGUACUUCGAGUCGGAGCUAAUAGACUAUGGCAGUAACAGUGGGCUGACCGGCGUGUCAUCCUUUGGCUUCGGAGGUACCAAUGCACGUGCCGACGUGUGGGGCCAUGCCACCAAAGGGCAUCGGUACGCAAUCUCUGGCCCACUGGAGUCCCUGACAGCAUUUCGCUAGCAGUGUGACGUGAACUCACGUUGAUGUGAGCGCUUCGGAUCG